UCAACCUGCAGCGUCUCUCCCUCUCUCUCUCUCUCUCCUCGCUUCUCUUCUCUUCCCCUUUGUCUCAAUAUCUCAUUGACUCCUCCUCUCUUUGCUCAUUCAUCUCUCUCUCUCUCUGCCUCCAUGUCCAUGCAGAUCGGUUCUAUGCUUCCAGCUCAUAACACCAACCUCUUUCAGGCCGGACGUGCCAACUUCCAAUGCCAAACCUCUCCACUAAACCCUUUAACAAGAAAACGAAACACAUCAUCCACCGAGUUAACUAAAUUGCACAUAGCUAACCUCGAUAAGCUACUCCAAAAGCCAAUCACACAAAACGAUCCACAGCCAUUUCUUAAUGAUUCCAGCAAUGGAUCAGCCGAAAACAAAGGAAGAGGUGUACUAGAAGGGCUUAACUUGGCUAGACUUUGGCCAGAAAUGAAAGCCGCAGAAGAAAUGUCACCAAGGCAUCUGAACAGGCUUAAAAGACUCCUGUCAAUGACAGCUGAAUACUCUCCAAGAAACCAUCUUGGUAGCAAAUGGAGGGAAUAUCAUGGCAGCAAUGAUUGGAAGGGCCUUCUUGACCCGCUCGACGAGAAUCUCCGCCGAGAAGUGGUGAAAUACGGUGAGUAUAUACAAGCGGCUUAUCAUUCUUUCCACUCAAAUCCGGCCAUGUCCGCUGAGGAACCUCCUUUGCCCCGUCACGUGGCGUUGCCUGAUAGGACUUAUAAAGUGACGAAGAGUCUCUACGCCACCUCAUCCGUCGGUUUGCCUAAAUGGGUGGACGAUGUUGCUCCGGAUCUUGGCUGGAUGACCCAGCGGUCUAGUUGGAUCGGGUACGUUGCUGUUUGUGAUGACAAGAGGGAGAUUCAAAGGAUGGGAAGGAGGGACAUCAUCAUCUCCCUCCGAGGCACUGCCACGUGUCUUGAGUGGGUUGAGAAUAUGAGGGCACAAUUGGUCCAAAUUCCAGGUGACAAUAACGAUGAUAAUGAUAACAAUAACAAUAACAACAACAACAAUAAUAUCGACCCAAACCACGGACAAGCCAAGGCGGAAUGUGGGUUCUUGAGCCUCUACAAGACUCGAGGAGCUCACGUGCCGAGCCUGGCUGAGUCCGUGGUUGAAGAGGUUCGAAGGCUCAUGGAAUUGUACAAGGGUGAGACCUUAAGCAUUACAGUCACAGGUCAUAGUCUUGGGGCAGCCCUGGCCUUAUUAGUAGCAGAUGAAAUUAGUACAUGUGCCCCAGACGUACCACAAGUUGCAGUUUUUUCUUUUGGUGGGCCUCGCGUGGGCAAUAAAGCCUUUGCCGAUCGCAUCAAUGCCAAAAACGUGAAAGUGUUACGAAUUGUAAACUCCCAAGACGUAAUCACUAGGGUCCCCGGGAUGUUUGUGAGCGAAGAGCUUGGCCAAAAGCUGAGGAACUCAAAGGUCGCAGGGGUGUUUGACAUGCUUGACAAAAACAUGCCAUUAGCAUACUCACACGUCGGGGCAGAGCUACGAGUCGAUACAAGAAUGUCUCCGUUUUUGAAGCCGAAUGCUGACGUGGCGUGUUGCCAUGACUUGGAGGCUUACCUACACUUGGUGGACGGGUUCUUGGCAUCAAAUUGUCCAUUUAGAGCAAAUGCUAAACGUAGUUUAGUGAGGUUGCUAAAAGAUCAGAAAUCUAAUGUGAAGAAAUUAUAUACUAAUAAGGCAGCCUUGAGAUUGAAUACUGAUAGAGAGGCACUGCCAAUGUCAAUGUCUACUUGCUUGCCUAGUCCAUCUUAAUAAGUUCUAUACAUUCCUUAAUUUGUAACAUGGUACAUACUUACAGAAAAAACUUCAAAUAAGAUGUCAAGUGUUAUGAUUUUAUGGUUGUCUUUCAA